ACCACCUAUCGCACCAUGGCUUCUGCUAGUAGCUCAGCUCAGUCGGCCUUUGGACUGGGGCGCAGGAAGCAGGCUCCGGGGCUCCUGGAUCAGAUUGGGAAGUUCUUUGGAGGGGACAAGAAGAAGAAGAGCAAGGGGUCUUUCCGUGGAGCUCUGUCCUCCUCCCCUGCCAGGCCGACCGCGGCGUCCCCUCGCAAGCGCGGCGCGGAGAACGCCGUGGUGCACUUCUUCAGAGGCAUUGUGUCCCCUGCCCCUCCCAAGUCUAGGUGGAGGGGACUCCAAGCCAAGCUAGGCCUGGGCUCUCAGAAGUCGCAGUCUGCCAAGGCUAAGAAGGCCAGCCCUACUGACGGCCAGGGAACCCUGUCCAAGAUCUUCAAAAUGUGAUGACACCACACAUUCAGGAGGAAGUCGAAGUGCUUCUCCAGCCAAACGCUGAGGUCCCUCUCUGCACCCCUUUCAACAGCGCCUGGGCAAAUGUCAUAACUAAGGGACUACAGUGGGAAAACAGAAGAAAAACAAAAUCUCUCCCUGCUUCUCUAACUCUCUAACCUAGACUGUAACUCUGAUGCCUCUUUCCCUCCUUGGCUGGUAGUAGCAACACAAUCUGUCUCAGCAUUGUCUCAUCUGGCAUGUGUCCCCCAUGCAGCUUUCCUCUUCCCCCCCAUCCGUCUUCUCCUCGUCCUCCACCAUGUGAACUGCAGUUGCAGGCAUCCACCCCCCCCCCCCCCCAUUCCUCCAUCUUAUGUCUUCAGCUACCUGUCAUAUGACUCUCUAGCUACUUGUUGUAUAGUUGUCUAGCUAUGUGUCAUGUACUUCUCAAGUUACCUGUCAAAUAGGUCUCUAGCCACCAUGCUUUAGCCUUUGUGUCUCUGUGUCUAAAAUAUGUCUGAUCUGGCUGGCUAGCUGAGUUGGACCUGGGGUAAAGAUGGUGGAUGUUCCUUUGACCUGACCAAUAGCAUGUCAGCAGGCCCAGAAUGACCAGGUCCAGUUCUGGCUCAGUAAAGAGUGGUUUUUCGUCCUGUCGAAAUUGUCUCUCGUCAUACAGGUCAAGCCUGUCAUAGUCUGUUUCAUGAGUGGACUAACUCAUCCUCUCAUUUAUAAUUGUGGCCCACUGGGCUUUGUGUUUUUUUUUUCAACACCUCCCCUCACAUCUUGGCCAAUCAUGUCUCGUCUUAAAUGUGCUGUCCUUCCAUGUUUUACAUUAGGAUCUCUUAUUGGCUGUGAACUUCGGUGGUUACAAAAAUGUGUUAACCCUCUAAAAAUCUAUGCAAUAAAUUGUAACAAUGACUGAAUGAUAGUCCAUAGUUUCUAACACUGCUUCAUUUUUAUUUGAUUUCCAGUCGAUUGUCAUGGCUGAAGUAAACACUAACGUUACGAGAUGGCUCCGGGAUUGUCCCGACCAUAGACCUAACCGAUUCUUCUGAAGUGCACUGGUUUGAUCCCUGCAUGGCAGCGUCUCUUCUCUGAAAGAACGCUUCUGCUGGCGCCGCCACCCUAUGUACUGAGCGCGCUCAGAGAUAAAGCCCCCCCCCCCCCCUGCUUGUAGUUGUAGUCUAGACACGUCGUCCUUUUUGUUUUAACGGUCUCCGGCUUUAAAGAACAGAACCAACAAAGAAUACAAAACAGCUAGCUGAAGCGAUGCCAUUUUUUGCUCUAAGUGCCAAACAACUGAUUUCCUGUUGUCUCAUGUGGAUUUUGAAACACAAACACGUUCACAAAGGUGCUCAAUACUGUAACUAAAUAUCAAAGUAUCUGAAAAAGAUGCGAACGAUGAUAGUUCGGGAAAUUUAUGAGGGAGAGUCGUCAAUAAGGUUAUGACAGAUAAACAUUGUACUACCAACACCACUAUACUGUCCUUGUUUAUAAAAGGAACCCUGUGUUUUACUGUACAAUAGGCAUGUGUAGUCUGUAGCGUUCUCUGCCUCUCCCCAUUCCUCCUACACACAUCUCCGUGUGUGUGUGUCUGCAUGUGUGUGCGAGUGUUUGUGUGUGUGCUUGUGCACGUGUGUUACCUGUGUGUGUGUGUGCGCAUUUCCGUAUGGGUCCUGUGAAUGAAUGUAAAUUAAACUCGAGACCCUCAUUGUUGUACCUAUAAUAAAUAUAUGUAUGACCAGCCACUUAACUUGAAAUAAAAAUAAAUCAAUUACAAAUUCAACAAAA